AUGACAGUAUCUACAACAUCAGCACAGCGUCGUAAUAAUACUCAUCAACUUCAACACCGCCAUCAAUUAAAUCACCAAUUACAACGUCGCAAUAAUCAUCAAUUACACCAUCCGAAUGGCCAUCAUCACCUUCAUAUUCAUAAUCAAAAAUUAAGCGAUACCGGAAUUCCUGUAUCCUUCAUUCUACAAGAACUUUAUCAUCUUUCGCCAAUUUUCUAUAACAACAAAUCAAAAUGUGCCAUUCAACUUCACAUCACUGGUCUUCCAAAAAUUUUUCACAUUCAUAAAGAAUAUCUUAUUUUUCAAUCAAUAUGUUUUCGUAAAAUUUUUGAAACAUUAUCUGGUGAUAUAAUUCAUCUUCAUGUUCCAAGCCCUGAAACAUUUGAAUGGUUAUUAGAAUACUUAUAUACAGGAAAUUCUGAUAAAUUAUAUGAUAGAUUAAGAUUAGAAAACUAUAAUAAAGUUUGGAAGAACGUUGAAUUUCUUGGCUUGGGAUCUGAUGUUAGAGCUAUUAUUCUAGCUUUUUACCAAAAUGAAAUUCAACCCGAAUCCGAAUAA